ACUUGCGCAAAUUGAAUAUUUCACACUCGUAAAUAUGGAAAGCAACAAGUUCGCCAAACUGCGGCAGCAAUUUCUAUGUUGCUAUCCCGUCAAUAAGAUGGCCUGGUCGACGUUGCAACUGCCGCUGGAACUGGAUGAGCAACGUGCUCUGAUUGCGGCCACCUGUGGACAUCCUCUUAAUCAACAGUUUCCGGUGCGCCGCAGCUACCAGGAGGCAUUUGUGAAGCGUCUGAUGCAUGUGCUCAAGGAUCACGAUGAGCUGCACGACGACAUCUACAACAGCCUAUGUGGCCAGCUGGCCAAAACCUCACUGGAUGCAGCGCCAGCUCCUUCCAUCUAUGCCUAUAAGCAUUAUAUGCUGCAAUCGGAGGAGCACAUCACACUGCGCGAGUCCACGAGCUUCGUCUGCGAGGGCACCACUGGCCUCUGCACGUGGGAGGCGGCCUUGGCACUGGCCGACUAUUUGCUCGAGCAUCCCAGUCAACUGGAGGGCAAAAAUGUGCUAGAACUGGGAGCAGGCACUGGACUGCUUGGCAUUCUGCUCAAGCACAAGGCACUGAAGCUGCCCGUGGGCCAGGUGGUCAUCACCGAUGGCAGCAGCGCCUGUGUUAAGCUCAUGCAAGAAAAUAUUUGCUUAAACUUUGAGAACGACAGCGACGAGGCAACGCCAAAGUGUGCCCAGCUGCGUUGGCAUGAGGUCAAAGAGUUUCCCUGGUCGCAAUACGCUGAACCCGAUCUCCUGCUAGCCGCCGAUGUCAUCUACGAUGACACGCAGUUCUCCUCGCUGCUUGCUGCCCUUGACUUUGUCUACGAAAUGCGCAGCAAUCGCUGCGAAGCGCUAUUGGCCAGCACGGUGCGCAAUGUGGAUACCCUGCACAAUUUUAUGGUGCAGCUGGAGCAACAUGGAUAUCAGGUAACGCCCUGUGCCAAUGUUUCGUGUUGCAAAAGUCAUUUUUGCCGGGAUACCACAGCGGCCGUACAAAUCGUGUGCAUUAAGCGUUUAAACUAAUUAGUAAUUAAACAAUAGUAACAUAAACAACAA